CUGUGAAGCUGCAAAACACCAAAACACUGCAGAAAUGUCGGCGUGUGAGUUUGAGUCGCUGGAGAAAAGUCUGGAGUCUCAUCUGCCUGAAACAGAGCUGAGGGAGGUCAGACGCAUCUUGUUCGGGAAGGAGACACAGAAGCUGGACCUGCCGGUCGCUGCAGUGCAGGCAGCUUCUGAGCGUGACUUUGAGCUGAAGGGUUACCGGUUCGAUGCCAUUCAGGAGCAACUCAGGCCGCCCCGGAGGAUCCGGGUGGGACUUGUCCAGAAUCGCAUCGUGCUGCCCACCGACGCCCCCGUCCUGGACCAGGUGAGCGCUUUGCACAGCAGAAUAGCUGAGAUUGUGGAGGCAGCGGCCAUGUGUGACGUCAACAUCAUCUGCUUCCAGGAGUUCUGGACCAUGCCGUUUGCUUUCUGUACCCGGGAGAAGAACCCGUGGAUGGAGUUUGCGGAAUCGGCCGAGGAGGGCAGCACCACUCGGUUCUGCCAGGAGCUGGCCAGAAAGUACAACAUGGUGAUCAUUUCUCCAAUCCUGGAGAGAGAGGAGCUGCACAGCACUGUGUGGAACACAGCCGUGGUGAUUUCCAACUCUGGGACUGUGCUCGGAAAGAGCCGCAAGAACCACGUUACCAGAGUCGGGGAUUUUAACGAGUCUACAUACUACAUGGAGGGCGACACCGGCCACACGGUGUUCCAGACACAGUUUGGGAGGAUAGCUGUGAACAUCUGCUACGGCCGCCACCAUCCCCUCAACUGGUUCAUGUACAGCAUGAACGGAGCAGAGAUCAUCUUCAACCCGUCGGCCACCGUCGGAGAUCUGAGUGAGCCCAUGUGGCCAAUCGAGGCCAGAAAUGCAGCAAUAGCCAACCACUGCUUCACCUGUGCCAUCAAUCGCGUUGGGACGGAGCACUUCAAGAGUGAAUUCACAUCUGGCGAUGGAAAGAAAGCUCAUCAUGACUUGGGACAUUUCUACGGCUCCAGCUAUGUGGCUGCUCCUGACGGCAGCCGCACGCCGGGCCUGUCCAGGACCCGGGACGGACUCCUGGUGGCAGAGAUGGAUCUCAACCUCAACCGACAACUCUGCGACAAGUGGACCUUCAAGAUGACUGGACGCUACGCUGAAUACGCCCAGAAGCUCACAGAGGCCGUCAGACACGACUUCAAGCCCAAAAUAGUCAAGGAGUAAAUACAAACCAUCCACAGAGAGAAAUGUUCCUGUCUGCAGGCAACGUUAGGAAGUCCCCGCACCAUCUAGUGGAACAACGUGGUAUUACAAGACUUUGAGUUGGCUAGUUUGUAAAUUUCUGACAUUUCUCUGCUGGAUUUUGAUUAUUUUUUGACUGAAAUGUAACAAAACAAACCCUUCAGGAAGAAAGACGUCAAAGCUUUUUAGCUACAUGUUGAGGUGGUCACCACUUCCUUUAAAGAUUUUAGCUGCUUCUGCACGCCCAGAGUCUGCGUGCAGAAGCAGUGUUUGAUUCCUCGGUGACUCAUGAGGUAGGCCAGGUCAGUCGUCCACACGCUCUCUGUGAGCUUCGGAUCCCAGCAUGCUCUGUGAAACUCCUCAUCACCAACGGGGUGGACGUACCAGUACCAUCAGACAAACUGUCAAUCCGGGACGGACUACAACACAGCCAUCACGCUUCACUGUCGUCAAACAGAAAGGGAUGGGACAGGUUGCUUUCAUCUGUCACAUACUGUGUUGAAUUUUUAAAAACACACUGACACCACAUCCAAGCAGUAACAAGGUAGUUUAGUGCCAAAGUGCAGCUUAGAUAUGAAACAGCUAUACCUGUGAAAACUCUAAGAUGACAAUGAUCAGAGGUCUGUGGGCUCAUAGAGGAGAAAACAGACACCAAGCAACAACAGAAAUACACAAAAAGACCAUGAAGUGGCAUGAAAAGAGUGGAAAAACAGAAUAAACACAGAACAGCACAACAUAGUAACAGCAAAAUACACAAUGGCCCCAAAGAGGAGCAAACUAACAAUAAUCACUACAAACUAACAGAUUCAGUCCACUGAAAUGACCAGUAAAUCACAUGAUACAAUGGCAAAACGACAAAAUAGUGAGGAAGAAGGAAAAUCCCAGCAGAUACCAGAAAAAAUAAAAAAAAUAACUACUAUUCCACAACAGAUUAUAGCUCCUACUUCACAGAUUCAAUCUCAGCACUGAAUGUGCAGUAUGAAGAUUUGUUUCGAUCAAAGAUGAUGCAGAUGAUGUGUUUUUAGCAACUUGUCCUCUGUGAUUUCUUCUCUCGCCUGAAGCUUCGGGAAGUUAGGAUCCAGUUUUUUACUCUCAUACGUUUCAGCCUUGAUUCUAAGAGUUUCUAGACCUUCAGCCUUCAUAUUGUCAAAAAAGCUCUAAUUUAUGUUGCGUUCAAGAAGUUAAAGAAAAUGCAACUAACCCUUCAUAGAGCAUAAAGUAAAGCUGAUCAUGCAGAUCACAGAAUCACAUCUCUUGCACAGUCGCACAUUUCACCACUUCUGCAAUAAAAGAAUGUAGCUGAGCUUUACUUUAUGGAGUUCUACUGUCCUACAAUACAGUGAGUUGUACUCUAAAAAGUUCACAAAUAUGACAUUAUCAGAUGUAUCAUUGAAAUAGGGGAGCAAACGUCUAACCUGAAGUUUGUUGAAUCUUAUUGUAAGUGUCUGAAAUGUUCAGUCUUCUCACAUCAGUCUGAACUACAGCUUUACGUCCUUGUUAAUGCCAAGCAAGGCCGCAGCAACUGAUUCACUCAUGAAAAUAUUUAAAAGAAAAAGGAAAAAUAAAAUCUACAACUUGGUUUUACUUGGUGUUUGAUGAAACGUGUUUUGGCCGAGCUGCUGAUCUUCACUUUUCCAGGA